AUGGAACAACUAUUCAAAUUGAUAAAUCUACUAAUACAUCCAGCAUCGAACCAACUCUAACUCAAAAGUAUCAUUGUUCUAAUCGCAGCCAUUAACAAGGCUCAGGAACUUGAGAUGGUCAAAAAUUUUGAAUUGAAUUAUAAAACUGAAAUGAAGUAUGACAUGUGAUAUGAUCCUUAGCCCCAUUUAGAAUAUAAUAGGUUACUGCUUCAUUAUCGAUUCUGUUUCAUCAACUUAGCACAUACUCUUCAUUUCAGCCUUCUUUAUUGUGCAUAUCCAAUUGCUUAUGAUGUUAACCUAUUUUUACUUUGCAAAGAACAAAUCAGUCACAUUGCAGUACAUCUUGCACUCGUUUCUGACUUAUUACUAAUUGCUCUUCCAAAUUCCUAUCAUAUACUCUGCAUUAAGGUUUAUCUAUGAUUAGUAGAUAUGCGAUGACAGCGACAUUUGUACUUCAGAUGCCAGAGUAGGAGUGAUACUAAUAGGGUUGCUGAAUAUCAUAUUCACCCUGGUUUUAAAUUCAAUACAUAUAUAUUUUGGAAGAUGCGAAAAAUUAAUGGAAGACAAUUAUAUUUUAACAUUGGAUUAUUCAAUUCUUUUGAAUGGCAUCAUGCAGAUUUUAGUAUUAAUCGCCAUAGUUCUAAAGGCAAUAGAAAUUCUACCAGAAUUGAGAUUCGCGUUGAUCUUGAUAAAAAGUUUGAUAUACGUUAUAACUUCAAUUAACAGAAUAAAUCAAUUCUCAUAUAUAUUAGUCGAGACAGUUUCGGUUGCAAUAAAUAUAUCAAUAUCAUUCAAUUUUAGCAUCUAUGAAUUAUUCUUGGUUAUCUCAUUUUUGUUGUGCUUGUGUAUAUAGAUUCAAAACAGGAUAGUCAACUUUUAUGUCACUUUGAAGGAGUAACAGAACUUGUUAACACUCUAAGUAUAAAUACUAAAUUAACAUAGAUUCUAGAGGAAAGCAACGAAAUGAGUGCUUCGCCAAAAUCCAAAAUCAUCCUAUCAGUCAUCAAAAAGAAUCACAUCUGCAAAAAAUGCAAGAACUCUCAUCAAUUGGUUGAAUGCCUCUUACGCAGAAUGGCCAAUACAGCUGUCAACAGGAGUCAACUCUAUGUUUUACUUUACUGUUCCUACGUUGCAAAUCAUGCUCCAUUAAAGGCUUUGGUCAGAUUGAUUCUGAUGAGUUCUAACGGCAUUUACUACAGAAUAGCAUCUCAUAAUUUGUAAUAGGAAUUGUACAAAAGAACCUAACAAUUCUAGAAAGAGGCUUAAAUCAAGAAUUCAAUUAGAAAUGCUAAUGAACACUUGAAUUCUCUAGAUGUUCAAUCAGCAUUUCACACAUCUCAUUCUGCUGCCUUUUUAUUUCCUCUCAUUAUUGAAACCUUAAAUGGCAAAAUCAAUUUCUGGAAUAAACUCAUUAAUGGAUAUAACGAUAUUGAUCAUUGUCUACAUGAAGCACUAAAGACAACUUCUAAAAUGCUAAGAUGUAAAAAAGAAUUUGAAAAUAGAUUUGAUAUGAUCAACAACAGAUUGAAAGGAUCUUCUACUCAAGAUAUAUUAUCUAUGAGGAUCAUAUAAAUCUAUUAGACUGGAAUUUAUUCUAAUUCAUUCUAAGCCUUUUAAUUAGAAAAAGCCAUUGACGAUCUCUUAAAGAGUGAGAGGUAUAAGCAAGAUGAAUCUUUGGAUAACAUUCAACUUAUAUAAAGUAAGUUAAUUUAAUUAAUUUUAAAGAUAGGUUGAUCAUCUUGAAAUCUAGUCUAGUACGCAAAAGAGGAGAACUGGUUAGCACUAACACUAAAUAGUUAUCUUAGUUCUUGUGUGAUUCUGAAGACAAUGUUAAGUUAAUUAAGCACUGCAAUCAGUUGAUGCCUAAUUUCUUGUAGAGUAUCCAUGAUUAGUUGAUGGACAACUAUUUAUAAAAUGGCCAUUCCAAAUUAAUGGUUCAUGGUGAGUCAACAUUCUUUUAAAACAUAUAAGGAUACAUAGAACCUUGUAGCAUCAACUUAUAUAACUAUUUUGAUUCCAAUAAGAAUGACUUUUUGUUGAAUAUGAUCUUGACUAAAGAAUAAUCUAAUAAUGAAACUAUAUUAUUUGGUGUUGAUGGAAAGGUACUUGGAUUCACCAAACAAUUUUAUGAAGAAGCAUUGAAAUCCAAAACUAAAAUAGAAAGUUCUCAUAUGUCUAAACGAACUGAAGUAACAAUUUCAUAAAUGGAGGUCAAAGAACUUCUAGCAAGAUAUCCCUUAAUUUAAUAUUACAUACCAUCCAUCACCCAGCAAGUCGAAGAAUUAAAAGCGUAAAUAAACUCAUCCUCAAAUUACCUCAUGAAUAAUCUAAGAUCAUAUUGGAUUGUUCCAUAAAACCAUAGUGACUGUCUCUUAAACUCUCAAUUAAUACUUUCAUAAUUUAAGAGAAGAAGCAACGGGUCCUAAUUAUAACUGAACAUGAGAUCAUAUAAAUCCCAAACAUAUUCGAGAUACUCCCAAAACUCAAUGAAUACGAACAUAGAAAUGUAUGACGAUUAAGAAAUUCCAUAAGAAAUCAGAAAAUAAAUUCUCAUUGAUAAUACUCCAAUCAUAAUUCUGCAUCCAGAAGUCUAAGAAUCUAUAAAAAAGCUAGUGGAAUUCGACAACCAAUGUCAAUAAAUGCAAUUAGGCCUAUUCUACAGUCUCUCAUACAAAGUAUUAAAAUAUAAAAAAGGAACUUAUGCCUAUUUUAUGAUUUCAAUCAAGGAAAUGAAGCAUUUAUAGUUAUCAAAUACAAAUCAGCACUUCACUACAGUACCCUCUUAAACUACUCAAUAAUAAAGUUUAUAACCUUCAUAGGAAUUGAACAGUAGUGAUCUAUUCCCGAAAAGUGAAAUUGUGGAAAUCAAUGAAUCCUAAAAUGGCAUGGUUUAGGAGAUCAAAAUGAUGAAUUAAAUGAGAUCUGUCAAGCAAUACGAUAAUGAAGAGCCCAAUAAUAAUAACAUUUUAGAUAAUUCCAAAUCCUUUGAGAUGAGCUUCAAAGUUAAGCAAUCUGAUAGAUCCAACAUCUUUGAUUCAAGCAGAUAAAUGAUUGUUUAGUAGCCUUUGUAUGUUAAACCCAGACAACUUGACAAAUCAUGCAACUAAGAAUUCGAGUAAAUGGAAAAUGAAAUGCAUGUAUAUCAUAAUAUAUAUAUUAUUUAAGGGAUUAAAGGAAAGAUAGCUUGAAUUAUUAGAUGAAAAUGAGUAGGAAAUAGUUAAUGACAAAUUUGAAUCCAAUAGUCAAACUCUUAAGAAGAACUCCAUCCUAGGUAAGCUUAGAAUAGCCUAGAUGCAAAAGAAAGAGAAUGCUAUGGAUUUUGCAUCGAAUCCCUCUAGGACUUCAACAAAUUCAACAUCCAAGGAGUCUUUACUAAUAGUUUAAUAGCUAUACUAUAACACUCAAUUGAUUACUCCUCUUAAGAAAAUAGCAUUCAUUUUAACAUUAAUAUGUCUAGCUAUUUUAACUGUAGAUAUCAUAAAUGUUUAAAUGAUAUCAACUAAUCUGGUAUCUUAAACUGAUUAGGUUGUUAAUUUGAGAAAACCACAAAAUAUUAAUUACUUUUAUAGUUCUGCUAUGCUGUAAGAAUGGAUUCAAUAUAUGUAAUCUUAAAAAAUACUGACCUUAAGUCCUUUUAUGAAUCAAAGAAAUAUAGAUACCUUAGCUUCAAUGUAUGACUAUGCAAGAUAGGAACUGAUUAAUUUGGCUAUUUAAGUACCAAAGCAGGCUCAGGAUUUGAAUGCGAAGACAAUCUUCAACUUUAAGUACAUAGAAAAUGGAGCUGUUAAAUAUUAAGAAUUACCUUUGUAAGACUUUUAUUAAGUCUUAUAUUAAACAGUAGAAACUUCAUAUAGAAACAAUCUGGGAAAGCAAUCAUUCUAAUACCCAGAUAUGUUAACAACAGGAAUAGUUAGGGUGAAUUUAUGGUAAAUGGUUGAUUUACAUAAUCAACUAAUUUAAAUAAUCAUGUAAAAUACAAUUGAUACUUAAUCUUUAGUAAGAUCAUACUUCUUAACUGUUAUGAUGGCAGAGUUAUUUUCUGUUAUAUUUUUUAUAGGACUUUAAUUAAAAUACUGGCUAUUCAUUGAUCACAUCACUAAAUCUAUAUUGUUUUUGGUAUCACGUUUAAAUGAAAAUCAAUCAACAGAUUAAAUUAAUCGCUUAUCAAUGAUAAAAGAAUAGUUGGAAAAUGAAAGUACAAAUACAUGGAAACUCUAUAAUUUUGGAGAAGUAAUGUUUGAGUUUUCAGAUAAAAAGUCAAAGAAAAUUUAAUUAAAGUAAUCUCUUUCAAUUCAAUCUACAUAAAAUAACUAUCGAGCUACUAGUGCUCUAUAUUCAAGAAUAUAGAAAACCUAUUAUUUGAAUCGCACAAAUGUAAUAAUAACAUUUUUGUUGGCUAUAUCAUGGUCUGCCUUCUUAAUGGCGGGAUAUCUUAUACAUAUGUCAUAUAAUGACAAUUUCUAACCAUCUUUAACAGUUACGUUGAAAUUUGUGUAAUUUAGACACAACAUGGAUUCAUUAGCUUUGAUUGCAGGACUAACAAAAACUGAGCCUCUAGUUCCAAAUUAUAAUUUGAGUUUCAUUAAUUAAACUUUAUCAUCAACGCUAUUAGUUUAAUACAAAGAUAAUCUAUUACCAUUGAUAAAUGAAAUAGCUGAUGUGAUUCUGACAAAUGCAAAUGCCAAUAAGAAGAACAGUAUUUUUGAUGGAGUACUCAACUAUGACUUGUGUUUAUCUACCACUCUAGAUAAUCUUCCAGUUUGUGAUUUAUCAAAACAAUCUUUAGCUUAUGAUAAGUAAUUUAUAUUUGAUUAUCAUUAGGAAAGAUUUAUACUUGGAUGUAAUUGUAAAUGGUGCUCUUGGAUACACAGCAGCAUUGAUUAAGUUUAUAAAUUAAGAAUACGAUUACGAAAUCAACAACUUGAAAUAUAGUCCAAAUAUUGAAGAGUGCAGAAUAACUGCAUAAUCAUAAUAGUUUUAGAAUUUUAUUCUAUAAUAUUUUACUGACAUUCAGAGUGCUAUGAGACAAUUUUUAGUUUUGUUUUAAUAAGACAACGCAAAUAUCAGUUAAGGCAUUAUCAGUGUAAUACAAGUGUAUUAUUAUGGAUUUGGAUUAAGGUAUAUUGAUAUCAACUAUAACAUAGUUUAUUUGCUAUAUAUUGUAUAUUGAGUUUUGUAUGGAUAUACAAACAACAAUAAACUAUUUAAUCAUUAAGAUAGAUCUUAGUGCUAAUUCCAGCGGAUCUGAUUCUUACUGCAAACAUUAGAAGCCAAGCAAAGGAAAUCCAUUAGAUGUUGUACUGA